AUGUUCGGCUACAGUGGUAGUAGAUUGCCCGAUGAUAGAGAUAUGUAUUACAACUGUGCAAGCGGGGACAACGAAUUUUCUUUUUUGGAGAAUCGGCCGAGGCGUAUCCACGACGAAUUGCAACACUCUAGCACUAGAACACAGUGGAUACGUAAGAGGGCAACAUCGCUGGUCGUCGCAGCAUGUGGGGCCAGUGGUUACGCACAGCUAUCACGGGGCCAUUCGCUGAGCAGUCUUCCCAUACGCGAUAAAAGGGCUUUCCAGACUGAAGGAUCUAGCCUCAGCAGCGAAGUUAGUAGCAGCAACUGCAGUAGUGCACAGAGCAGAAAUUGUCGUUUCGGUGUAGAACAGCAGGGUCAGCAUCGGAAAGAUGAAGAAGCAAGACGGGCUCUAUCGCAUGAAAGAAGGAACAACACCGUCACGUCGCUUUCGGCAUCACAAGUAUUUUCAGAGAAGUUGGGCACUUCUUCUGCUUCUUCUAAAGAAACUGCAUUGCCAGUGGAAAGGGAAGAUGUGGCGAGCCUCCGGGCGCCUGAUGUAAACCGUGAAUUUCCCCUUGAUAAGCCUACAAAUUCGGUGACGAUGCCACUGGAAGCGAAUGACUUCCCGGCAACAGAGGAGGGUGGCAUUAGCACUCGGCGCAUUGCGUCUCUCUCUACACUCUCUGAGUUGACCUGUAUGGGUUACACGGCAUUCGAAAUACCCUGCUUCCCUCAUUCGGAUGUGACACAGUCGCUGGACUCCGUGCCGGGUGCGUCAUUGGAGCAUGGGAAGCGGAUUCGAAUGGUGGCAGGGGACAACUCUCCGAUGCGGUGGAACAAUAAUAACAGGGAAAUAGGGCCACUCUUUAUGCAACUUCCACCGCUCUCAGAUCUUAAUGGUCAUGAUGCUGGUGGUAAUGGUAAUGGUAAUGGAGUUAAAGAAAAUAGAGUAAACCCCCAUUUACGGAGCACGCGCCGUCUCGUUGGGAUGUUUAUUCUCUUCGCCCUCGUGCUACCGUUCAUCCUACAGGAAGCGUUUGUAAUGACGAACCACUAUGCCUUAUCCAGCCCCAAACUUUGCUCCUCAAUGUCGUGUCUUUGCACUGUGAAGGAGAGAUUCGCCUUUAUUUUCACCUACGGUUUGCACGUUUAUAUUCCUUUUUCCUUGUUCACACCUAUGCUCUUCUUCCUCGCGUACGACGCGGUGGAAAGGCACGCGCAGAGUACGCAGCUUCAGCUUCGCAUGGCUCGAUACGCCGUGUCGGACGAAGUCAUCGACCCCACAUGCGGUGGUGUGUCCCUCUCUGUGUGUGUAUCGCCUCAGUUGGGCGAGGUGGGUACAGUGCAACAAGGAGAAAGUGUUGAACCACGUCUUUUGCAGUGGGACUUGCCACCGUGCAGUAGAUUAUUCUUCCGCAAACGCAUAUUCUGGGUUGUUGUCGUGUCGCGUUUUGUAUUUCUUGCCCUAAUUGAUACGCAACUUCCUCAUUUGGAGAAGGUCCCUGAAGCGUGUUGGGGCCUGUUGCGUGGGGUAGCCCUAGGCACACCACUCAUCGCUUACUCUAUGUACAAGGCCCGCGUAUUCCUCACGGCACCAUACAUUCUUCUAGACGCCCUUCCAUUUUUGUUUAGGCUCGUGCUUGGGAAAUAUCGCACCGAUUCGCAUUUGUGGGAUAUGGUGGGGCCGACUCUGAUUAUUCUGUUUGAGCGAAGCUUCUGGUACCUCUCGGCAUACGCCAUGCCAGCAAGCACACCGGUUGGAAUUAAGACGGCGGUAAGUAGUUCUUUUGCCGCGAUGUAUUUCUUGAUGAUUCUUGUCCUUGCACUGUUUGUGGACAGUGAACGACAUUUUUAUGUUGUGAUCGUCAUAGCAAUCGAGGUCUUGGUGUGUGAGCUUCUUUUUAGCACCGUUCUAGUGCGGGUCAUCGCGUGGCGAGCGUACGCGCUUUUGAUGCACAGCCUGUUUCGGCGAAAGAUUCAGUUGACACCGUUGCGGGCUUCAGGUUCAACAAAUAUCUCUACGCAAGUACGAUGGGUGGCCGUGCCACCUGCUGUCUGCGCCAUUUUGCCCCUGUUUCAGUACGCGCAAUGGCAUCGAGCAGUGCCGCGCAGCGAUUGUCGCGGCAGGCUGAAGGAUGGAAUCCUCCUGUGCCCUACGGCAUUCCUUCUCAUUAUUGGAGUCAUCAUCACGGCAUGUGUCAUUACGAUCGUGAUUCGGUGGAAGAACCAGAGACUCCGUCCGCCACUCAUUCUCCAGGAUUGCGGUAUGUUGUUUCUUUGGGGUUGGUACGUCUUCUGUUCGGUGCCGUUGAUCCUUUCGGCGGUGCUGUGA